UCACCGCUGGUACACCGUGUACAUUGUUUACGACGCUCGCGUUCGAUGCAACGUUUCCGAUGUUGCGUUGAGCAAAAGUAAAAGUUAAUAACUCGCCAGUCGCUGCGGUGACCCAGUCGCCGCAUAUCUACAAAACUAGCCUGGUAAACGCAUCAGUUUUAGAUUAUUUUGAGUGCGGGUUACGUCAGGAUGCUAGUAAUAUUCUACGUACUUCUAGCAAUAGUCAUCGUGGCUAUGGUAGUAGGUCUCUACCAAAAGAACACGAACAUAAUUUGCAAGUCAAAGAAAAGGCUCGAUGGCAAAACCGCCAUCGUCACCGGAGGAACAUCUGGUAUGGGAUUAAGAAUCGCCAUGGAUUUCGCUGAUAGAGGUGCAAGAGUUAUCGUUGCCUGUCCUUUCGUGGAUGAAGGCGCUGCGGGCAGGAAAUUGAUUGUGAAAAAAACUGGUAACGAAGAGGUCAUCUUUAAACUACUUGACCUCUCAUCCAAUGCAUCCAUACGCAAGUUUGCAGAGGACAUACUAGCAACUGAGAAGAGACUCGAUAUUCUAAUUAAUAAUGCGGGAGUUGGGACUGUGGACGAAUUUAUUACCAAAGAUGGCUUGAAUUUUAUAAUGCAAGUGAAUUAUUUUGGUGCAUUUCUUUUAACGUUACUACUGCUUCCGAUGUUAAAGAAAACGGGUUCUGCUUCGGAGCCGGCUAGAAUAGUGAAUACUACAUCUGUUCUUCACAAUAUCGGAACUGUUAACUUCGAAAAUAUGAACAAAGUUAAUCAUUGGUACUUAAUACAAUUAUAUGGCAACAGUAAGCUGUGUUUAGUCUUAUUUACUCGUGAAUUGACGAAAAGGCUGAAAGGUGCAAAUGUUGUUUGUAAUAGUGUCGACCCAGGCGCUGUUGGUACAACAAUUUUCAACUGCAGUGGAAAAUAUUACGGUGCCUUAAUUAUGUUUUUGUUUUCUGUUCUUUUUAAAACGCCAUGGGAGGGUGCACAAACCGCUAUCCACACAGCAUUAGAUAAGAAAGCCGGCCUUGUGAGUGGCGAGUACUUCAAGAACUGCAGAAUAGGUCAAGCGAAGCAGUGUGCGUAUGACGAAAAUUUGGCACAGGAACUCUGGGAAGAAUCUGUUAAACUUGUGAAGCUUUGUGAAUAUGAUCUUGAAGAAUGUUUUAAGAAUUAAAAUAUAGCCUUGGGCGAAACUGCGUUUAACAAAACAUGAAAAUUAGUAUUGUGUCUAUGUUAAUUAAUUCUUUUUUUUCAAUUGUUUGUUGUCAUUUGACCCUUUUAAUUUAUAUCUGUCGUGUUUAAUGUUCAUGUUUCCGCGUUCCAAUGUUCUAAGUUUUUGCAUUAUAAUUAUUUUGCAAUACUAAGUUGUGUUUGUUGCAGACAAAAUGUGACAUGGUUUUUAGUGACAAAGUUAUGCCCAGAUAAGGCAUAUGUUAAAAACAAAGACUAAAAAGUAAUAUUUAUUACUUACAUUUUGACACUUUUACAUACAAAUUAAUGUUGAAAUUUACGUUUCAGAGUGUGUUACGAUUAAAAUGUAAAUAUAAUCUUCGAAAACUUUUAUUUACUUUUACUGUAGGUAAGUUAAUGAGUUGUUAAUAACAAUCGUAUAAUAAAGAUA